AUGAAAGGUGUGGAUGUGAAUAUUACAGCUUACUACUCAGAGCUUGCAUUCCUUAGUCACUCCAUAACAGGACACAUACAAACUGCUGAGAUGGACAACCAACCUGUGAACUCUUUAGCUCUAAUAUCUGCCAGAUACUCUGCACAGGCAGUGGAGAUCCUGUCUAUGAUGUCAGCUGCCUAUCUUUAUCUUGUUUGCCAGGCUUUAGAUCUCCGAGCUUUGCAUGAGGAGUUCAUCCUUGAAGAGAAGGAAAAGUGUCUUAAAAUGUUUCUCCAGCUCUUUUCAUCCUUCUACCACUGUUCACAAGAUGCUAUGCAAGAUGCUGAGAAAAUCUGGCACAGUCUGGAGGCUAGGUGGCGGCAAAAAAAUUGUAUGGAUUUAUCUGAUAAGUGUGAAUGUGUGGCCAGGGAAUCUCUCAGUGAUAUUGUGAGCACUGUUCAAGUUCCCCAGGAAGCUGACAUGGGACUCAUAUGGACAUUGACUCAAACGUGGGAGAAUAAAAUUGCCUAUGAAAUGAUGGAAACGUACAGCAGCGUCAGAAAAAGUUUUUUUGAGAAUCAGUCUACACCAAAAUUCCUUGCCGGAGCUACAAGUCGAAUGUACUACCAUAUUAGGUCUGAGUUGCAAAUACCAUUUCAUCGGGGGCUGAUUGACCAUCCCACAUUCUGUUACCCUGCUCGUGAUCGGGCGAAUGGAACUAUUGGAGGACACAUUGCCAAAAUCUACGGUUCUGUUCGUGAUGGCACUAUUAUGACUCCUCUGAAGGAGUUUCUGAACAAUCGGGGGCAUCCCCAAGCUUGA